AUGGCGACGAGACUAUCUCUCAAUGCUCGUAAUCGACUUUUACGAACACCUCUAGUAUCGACUCGUUCGAUAGCUCUGACACCGCGAUCAACCAUCCUCCCCCGCGCCGCCGCGUUGGCACGAACAGCCUUCAAUCCCACUUCAAUUACUAUUCGCCACUAUGCUAAAGGCCGUCCACACCCACCAGGUGGCACCCACCGAAUGGAUAUGAGCGGAGAACCCGAGAAAUCGGCCCUCGAACAAUACGGUGUCGACCUCACAGACAAGGCAAAGGCUGGGAAGCUGGAUCCGGUCAUUGGGCGGGAUGGUGAAAUCCACCGCACUAUUCAAGUUUUAUCUCGUCGAACCAAGAAUAAUCCCGUUCUGAUUGGUGCUGCUGGAACUGGAAAGACCGCAGUUCUUGAAGGCCUGGCCCAGCGCAUUGUGCAGGGAGAUGUCCCCGAGAGCAUCAAAAACAAACGUGUCGUUUCGCUAGAUCUUGGCUCACUAAUUGCAGGUGCCAAGUUCCGUGGUGACUUUGAGGAACGCCUGAAGAAAGUACUCAAAGAAGUGGAAGACGCGCAAGGAGGGGUCAUUCUUUUCAUUGAUGAGCUUCAUACGCUGCUAGGACUGGGUAAAGCUGAGGGCAGUAUUGAUGCCAGCAACCUUCUCAAACCUGCUCUUUCCCGAGGAGAACUCCAAUGUUGUGGUGCCACCACACUCAACGAGUACCGAUUGAUUGAAAAGGAUGUGGCUCUUGCCCGUCGUUUCCAACCUAUCCUCGUGAGUGAGCCAUCAGUUCCCUCAACCAUCUCCAUUCUACGUGGUAUCAAAAACAAGUACGAAGUGCACCAUGGUGUCAGAAUUACCGAUGGUGCGCUAGUCGCUGCAGCAACCUACAGCAACCGCUACAUCACUGAUCGCUUCCUACCUGAUAAAGCUAUUGACUUGGUUGACGAAGCCGCAUCUGCUCUUCGUUUGCAGCAAGAGUCGAAGCCUGAUUCGAUCCGAGAGUUGGAGCGUGACAUAACGACCAUUCAGAUUGAGCUCGAAUCACUUCGCAAAGAGACUGAUGUCGCAAGCCGGGAGCGACGAGAGAAACUUCAAGAAGAUCUGAAAAUAAAGAAAGAUGAAGCUGGGGAACUCACCAAGGCGUGGGAAAAGGAGAAAGCUGAGAUUGACACUAUUAAGGGAACUAAGGCCGAAUUGGAACGCGCCCGGUUUGAGCUUGAGAAGGCUCAACGUGAAGGAGACUUUGCCAAGGCUGGAGAGCUGAGAUAUGCUACCAUUCCCGAACUUGAAGCCAAACUACCCAAAGAAGGCGCCGAACAAGACCCAGAAAACCAGACAUUGAUCCAUGACUCUGUUACCGCCGACGAUAUUGGAAAUGUCGUCUCGCGAACCACGGGAAUUCCAGUCAACAAGCUCAUGGCUGGGGAUGUAGAGAAGUUGAUUCACAUGGAAGACACUCUCCGCAAAUCUGUCCGUGGCCAGGAUGAGGCCUUGUCUGCGGUUGCAAAUGCUGUGCGUAUGCAACGAGCAGGUCUCAGCGGGGAGAACCGUCCCCUGGCAUCUUUCAUGUUCCUUGGUCCCACUGGUGUUGGAAAGACCGAGCUUUGCAAAAAGAUGGCCGAGUUCCUAUUCUCCACAGAGAGUGCGGUCGUUCGCUUUGACAUGAGCGAGUUCCAAGAGAAGCACACCAUUAGCCGUCUGAUUGGCUCGCCUGCUGGAUACGUUGGAUACGACGAUGCUGGUCAGCUUACCGAAGCCGUGAGACGGAAGCCUUAUGCUGUUCUUUUGUUUGACGAAUUCGAGAAGGCACACCGGGAUAUUUCCGCGUUGCUACUGCAGGUCCUCGAUGAAGGCUUCUUAACAGACUCUCAAGGUCACAAGGUGGACUUCCGAAACACCUUGAUUGUCCUCACAUCAAACCUUGGAGCCAACAUCCUGGUCGGUGCCGAUCCCUUGUAUUCGAUCCAGGACUCCGAUGACUCCGACCUUUCGCCCAAGAUCAAAUCAGCAGUUAUGGAUGUGGUGCAGGGUGCAUACCCCCCUGAGUUCAUGAACCGAAUUGACGAGUUCAUCAUUUUCAAGCGUCUAUCGAAGGAUGCCUUGCGAGAUAUCGUCGAUAUCCGAAUUAAGGAGCUUCAAGCUCGACUGGACGACCGUCGCAUGACUCUCAAGGUUGAUGAUGAAAUCAAGGAUUGGCUGUGUGAUAAGGGCUACGACCCAAGAUUUGGUGCUCGGCCUUUGAAUCGUCUCAUCGCCAAGGAGAUUGGAAACCGCCUGGCCGACCAGAUCAUUCGUGGCCAAGUCGUGUCUGGUCAGACUGCCCGGGUCUCCCUUGAUGAAGCUAAGACUGGGUUGGUUGUGACCUCCCAAGAAUAA